AUGUCUUCUAUAGCUGUUGUAGUUCUCUCGGAGCACCGGGCCGCUCUAGUUGUGAAACACCCAAACACCGCUCCUUUCUCCCAAUUCACGACAACCUCCAGAUCACGUCAACCAACACAGUCGAUGUCUAACCCAAAUAUCGCGACAGAGCAGCUUCUUGAGCUGUUGCUAACGCUCAAGAAAACAACGCCGGCGGCGGCGCGUGGCAUCCUCAACAACCAACCCGCCAUCGCGUAUGCAUUGAUAACGCUCAUGGUGCAGAUGAAUGCCAUUAAUAUUGAGGUCUUCCAGAAAACAUUAGCAGAAUACGUCCCCGACCCUUCAACAGCCCCGGUCGGCGCAUCCUCAGCAGCAGUACCGCACCCCUCAUCCUCAUCAACAAGCGCCUCAGCCCCAGUCGUAUCCCAUCUCCUCCCACCACCCGCCGCUCCAGCGCCGAUAUCCGCGAUCCCACCACAUGUCCAGGCGCAGUAUCGUACCACGACGCCACCAUCCGCACCUGGGUCUGCACCUGGUGCUCCUACGCACACCCCGACACCGCCAUAUGGGUAUUCGAAUGGGCAGGCGCAGGGUCAUGCACCGACGCCGCCGGGGUAUGGGUAUGGGUAUGGGCAGCAGCCGCAGCAUGGAGCGUAUGGAGGUGGGGGGUACCAGCAGCACCAGUAUCAGCAAGGAGGAUAUGGAGGAUACCCACCGUCGUCGACGUAUGGUGGCCAACCUCAGCCACCGGCGGCUCCAUCUACAGGGUCAACGCCUUCGCUGCCAGAUUCGCUGGCUAAUAUUCCAGCGGAGCAAAAGGCUCUUAUUAUGCGUGUCCUCUCACUGACGCCUGAGCAAAUCAACAUGCUACCUCCUUCAGAACGGGCUACCUAUAUCCAAAUCAGGGCAACGCUGGGCGUACCAACAUGA